CCAUUUCUCACCAACUUUCUCUAUCUUUCUCGUUGCAGCUGGAUUGAUUAUUCAGAUCUUCAAUGGAAACUCGCUCUCCCGACUCGGAACUCAGCACUGUCGCCAGCUCCGACUACUUCAAGGCUCGGCACUUUCUCGUAUUGCUCUUACGACUCGGCCGCCCGGCUCGCCCUCCCGUACUCGCUUCUCUCUGCACGUUAUUCCCCGCGUCGCCCGAGCUCAUCCACUACCUCUGCUCGAUCCCUAACUCACCGAUCUCUUUAACCGGAGACCUGUACGUCAUUCCUUCUCCGGUCGCCUCAAGGGCUUUCAUCGAGUCUGGCGCGAUUGCAAACUUCUUCAACGCUCUUUUGAGGCCGCCGUCACAGCAGUUUGUGACCGGUUUUUGUGAUACUAAUUCAGUUGGAUUACGCUUAAAGAAGCGGAAAUGGCUAGUUUCGGACUACGAAUUCGUACCUUCAGCGAAAAGAAGAUUGAUUUUGAAUACCGAAGAUGCGAAAGAAGAGAAUCGAUCCCCAUUACAACUAGAAUAUGCUUCUCCAAAGGUAUCUUUUCAUUUUCAGGUGACUGACUACGUAAGCCGGAGCAUAAAUACUAUACCGUGUAGUAUGUUAAAGAUGGCAACUGAGUUUAAUUUUGCAAACCAUUUGUCCUGCAUAUCAAAUGCAAGACAAAGAAGUUGUCAACUGACGGAGAUUAGACUUUUAGAGGGUGAAAGUGAUACUACUGUAUCUAUGAAAAGUAAGGGUAAUGAAGAAGCAAUGGAAUUUAAACCUAGCCUAGAGCUAGUUUUGCCGACAAGCAUUUUGGAUAAUCUAACAGUAAGUGGGGGAACUGUUGAAGAUGGGGAUACUGUUGGAAUUAGAACAAAUUGCGUAGCCACAUUGUGCCCGGAUGAUAUUGAAGAGAUAAAUAUGCCAAUGAUGGAGGUUGGAAAUGCUAAUGAGAGUUUUAUAGCUUCAAAUAUUGAAAUCAAUGAGAAGGAAGGAACUAUGGGAGGUCAGGAGGAAGCAAGAUCAGUGGCUUCUGGGAGUAUUUUUGGAGAAACAGAGAAUGUAUGCCUACAACUUCAUACUAUACCUUUGAAUGUGCCAUGUGGAAGUGGCGGAACGAAAAAUGUAGAUUUUGAAGAUAUGAUGCCAUCCUUUGAUAAAGAGCAUAUAUAUAUGGAAAGUUGUGAUUUACUUCCUAAGGUCCUUUCUCAGAAGAGGUUAUCAAAGCAUGAAAAGGCUACCGAAGGGAUAUCCCCAAGACAGAAUCAUCUUUGCAAAUCUGUAGAGCAUGGCAAGGCUAUUGAUGUCCAGAAAGAGAAGCACCAAAUUAAAAGAGAUUGCAAAGUAAUUGACAAGAGGCGGAAAUUAGGGCAGAAUAUUGAAAAAAAGAGAAGCUCUAACGUUGCUUCCCCAAAGGACCAGAUGGAAGAAAAGAUACUUCCAAACUUUGAAACUUAUGUUGCAGAAGAGGAAGAAGGCUCAGGCGGUUAUGGCACUGUUUACCGGGCAAGAAGUAAGAAAGAUGGAACUACUGUUGCCAUCAAGUGCCCUCAUGUUAAUGCUCACAAGCAUCAUGUUGACAAUGAGCUGAGGAUGCUGGAGCGAUUUGGGGGUAAAAGUUUUGUCAUUAAAUAUGAAGGUUCUGUCAAGAAUGGAGAUUCUGAUUGCUUUGUCUUAGAGCAUGUUGAACAUGAUAGACCUGAGGUGUUGAAGAAUGAAAUAAACAUUUUUCAACUUCAGUGGUAUGGCUAUUGUAUGUUCAGAGCACUAUCAAGUCUUCAUAAACAGGGAGUAAUCCAUAGGGAUGUCAAACCUGGAAACUUCCUCUUCUCUCGCAAGGCCAGUAAAGGUUACCUGAUCGAUUUCAACCUUGCAAUGGACUUGCAUCAGAAAUAUGGAAAUACUGGAAAAUCAAAGGUAGGGUGUAAUGCCCAUACCGAUCAAGUCAAACUUCCCAACACAAGUUCUGCUCUAACCAAAGAUAGGAAGUUACCAAAUACUAAAUCUUCAGAAACAGCUCGCCUCAAGACAACAAAUGAUUACAAGUCAACCUUAGGCAUGAAGAACAUAAGAAGAAAGGCUUUGACCCAAACUAAAACUCGUAAUAAUGAUUUGGGUGGCUGGAAUGUUAGCAAAAGUCAAGGUGCAGAUGGCUCUGGCAUUACUUCAGCUGAUAGAUUGAGGGAACCUUUGCCAUGCCAAGGUAGGAAGGAGCUCAUCAACCUGGCUCAGGAAGCAAGGCAAAGUAUAAAUCAUGAAUCAUCUACUGUACUAUCUCCUAUGAGAAAGAGAAUCGCUGCUCCUCCUCAAAAUGUGGAUAAAACGCUUGUUUAUCUUAAUCCAAUGCCUCUGGUUUCAACAGGGAUUGGUGCUGGGAGUUCUCACUUGAUGAACAGAGGGAAUCGGAAAAUCAAGAAAGAAGGUCAUUGUGUUGGAACCAAAGGCUUCCGUGCUCCAGAGGUUUUGUUGAGAUCUCCCUAUCAAUGCCCCAAGAUCGAUAUAUGGUCAGCUGGGGUCACCAUACUCUACCUCAUGGUUGGAAGAACGCCAUUUUUUGGAGAUCCGGAACAAAACAUGAAGGACAUAGCAAAGUUAAGAGGCAGUGAAGAUCUAUGGGAAGUCGCCAAGCUACAUAACCGUGAACCUUCAUUUCCAGAGGACUUGUAUAAAUUGGAGUCAUUGCCAUCUAUCAAACUUGAGGAUUGGUGUGAAAUGAGUUCAAAGAGACCAAAUUUCUUGAAGGAUAUUCCAAAAUCACUAUUUGAUCUUGUGGACAAAUGCUUGACAGUCAAUCCUAGACUCAGAAUAUCUGCAGAAGAAGCUCUUAAACAUGAAUUUUUUGAUCCAUGUCAUGAAGCCCUGAGAAAGUUGAGGCUGCAAAGACAGGACUCGGAAAGCAGUUCCUCUUCACGUGGUAAAAGCGUUCUCAAACCCAUUAAGAUUUCUCAAGUAAAAGCCUGAAAAUCCUUCAAAAGAUACUUGGUAAGUUAAAGGUAACCGCAUUUUUUGUUUUGUUUAAGAUCAUGGCAAUUUCCACAAUGCUUUUGGUCAAAUUGUAAAUUCUUUUUGGUCGACAAUUGUGCAUAUGUUCAAAAAUCGAGUUCAAGUGUUUUGUUUAUUUAAUAUAAUGUAAUGUAAACAUAUUCAAUACUUCGGUGAUGAGCCAUCAUCUUAACUUUUGUUUCAAACUCGAACCUUCUUGACUUGCGAUUGCGAGGCAAAUGCCAAAUGUGGCCUGUUUCUAAGAACUUGCGGUUAGUAAAAAGCUAGAAUUGCUCAGAAACAA